ACAGUAUCAAAAAGAAAGGAAAGGAGUGCAGUCCAUCGCCCCUUUUUACACAAGCAUUAGUUCAAUUUACCUGUAUUUUAUCGUUACUGGUGUCAUUUUGAUGUUUUGAUAAGGUAAUUAAGCGUUUGUGGAUUUAUUCAUGGGGUAAAAAGAGCAAAAGUUUAUAUGUGAUGAAGCCAAGUGAAAAGAAGCGAUAUGGAGAGCAACAACGAGCCAAACGAGAGCGGUACUUGUGUGUUCUCACGUACCGCUGCCUACCGGGAGUCCAGGAAAUGCUUUAGUUUAGUGUCCAGGACUCAGCUGGGCGCUGGCGAUGGCGACGAUUAUAAUUUUGACGAGGACGACAAUCCUCUGCUCGAUCUGGAAGAAUUGCUGAAACAGACUUGGAACAUACAUGGGGUAUCAAUUUUAUUCAAUUUUCAUUCUGACAACGAAGUUCUUAUGAAGCAGUACGCUAAAAAACUGAGAGAAGAAGUAGCCACGAUUUUAUCACAGGAAAACGUAACUUACAAUGCCAAAAUCACGGUUUUGAACAUAAGAAGACCAAAAGAAACCGAUCAUCCAGUCGUUAAGAUCGAAGUAUUUGCGACGGUAUUCAAGCAGGGCAGCAAGGACCAGUCCGAGACAACUGUCUACAAAGGGUACUUAAUAUCUUGGCGAACUGAAACCUCAGAGGCACCAACUUGGGCAGGUUCUACUAGACUUCCUUUGUUGUUAUGUCGUGGUACUCCAAAUACCAUGCGAGCGGUACAUGCAACCCUCGGCCGUAUGUUCGACUGUAUGUUUGUUUUGCUAUCUGCCAGUGCCGAAGAUCUCAGGUGGUUAUUGCCAAUUUUAAUAAGCCCUUGUGGUGGCCACGAUAAACCUAAAAAGGGUGAUGAGGCAAAACUUAAGUUCCUCGUACCCGGACUGCCCAAGUCUAAUUCAAUAACGAUUAAAUUUCUUGUCAAAGAUCUUGCUAAAAUGUGGAAAUGUUUUUUAGGUAAGGACACAAUAGAAGCAGAGGAGGUUGACAAGUUUCACGAGAUUAUACAUACUCAAAUAUUGGAAAUCAGCAGUUUACAAUUAGGGCUGUGCAUACUAAAUAGGCUCGACUUGCCUUUGGUUACCAUAACUGAGAACAAAAUGAAAGCGAUGGAUGUGGAAACCAUGAAUACAGUUCUGGCGUAUUUUAAUGAGAAGGCACUUGACACCCUACAUAUAAAUAUAAUUGAACUCGAUAUGUCAAAUGAAACGACAUCGUCGUAGCUAAAAAA